CAUCAUGUUUGUGUAAAAUGUCUUUCAUGUAAUUAUCAGCUGUAAGAAUGACUUCUUCCUCUGGAUGGCGCCGCCCUACAACUGCAGCAUGUAGUGACGUCACUCUGCAUCACGCUGAGAGAGCAGCUGAGGAGGAAAUAUAGGACAACAGGAGGAGGAAGAGGAGGAGGAGGUCUGCAGCAAAGCCUGAAACCACAGAGAGCGGUUCAGAGACGAGCAGAUCUGCAUCAGCUCCACAAGGAUGAAGGGGCUGCAGCGGCUCUCUCUACCCGGAGCGUGAGGACCCUUCCUGGGCUCCAUCUGCCUCAUUUUCUCCCCUCCCCACCCCUCUGGAGCUCUGACCCCCCAUCUCUAUAGCUUCCCAUCCAUCAGAGGAAACAUGGAUGCCUUCCGGCUGCCGCCUGUCAUCGAGGAGGUCCUCGACCCAACCGAUGAGCUCUGUGAGCUGAAGGAGGAGAAGCCCAUCAUGCUGGGAGAUACCCUCACAGCCAAAGAGAGGGAGUCCCUUGAGGAGAAGGAGGAGACAGGGGGUGAAGGAGAGAAGGGGCAGGAGGAGGAGGAGAAGGAGGUGAAGGAGGAGAAGUCUGAGGAUGAGGAGGAAGGCGACGAUAAAGGUCAAGAAGAGGAACUGGAGGAGCUGAAGGCUCAGGUGUUGCAGCUGCUGCUGGAGCUGGAGGAAACACGAGAGGUGUCUCAGAGACAUGAGGAGAGCUUCAUGGAGCUGCAAGGUCUGUUAGAGGAGGAGCGGCUGGCCAGCGCCCACCAGGCCGAGAGCUUCACCCGGCAGAUCCAAAGGCUGCAAGCCCAGCUGCGUUCAGUUCAGGAGGAGAUGGACAGUCUGGAGGAGGAGAAGGAAAGUGAGCUGGAGGAGGUGCAGCAGGAGCUACGCUCAGCCCAAGAGGAGGUGCUAAUGCUGCAGCAGGCAGCCGAGGAGGCAGCAGCAGAGAGAGAGAAUGAUAUUGCCUCCCUUCAGGAAGAGCUAUGCCGUCUGAGGGCAGAGCUACAGCGUCUGCAUGCCACAACAGCUGAGUACGAACUUGAGGUGACAACACUGAGAGCCGAGCUGAGCAUGAAGAGCCACAGCACACUGACACAGGGUGAGGUGACUCAGCUGCAGGACGAGUUCAACUCUCUGACAGACCAAUGUCAGAAUCUGACUAGUGACAACAAACAGCUGAACAACAAGGUGGAGGAACUGCAACAACAACGAGACGCGUGUGAUGACGUGUACCUGGCAGUCAGAGUGGAGGGCAGUACAGAACAUGAAAAGGACAACCAGGUGAAGGCAGACUCUUACAUCACAGUGUUCCAGUCCAGACCUGAGCAGAAGGACUCAUCUGAUAUACAGGAGGAGAUCAGCAUCCUGAAGAUCAAACUGAGACAAGCUGAGGAGACAGCGCAGAAGGUCCAGAGAGAGUGUGAAGGUUUGAAAGGCGAGCUGGCCGAGCUUCAGCAGCUAUAUGACUGCAGCCAGCGGGAGCGAGCAGCACUCGAACAGGAGCUGCAGCGCUGCAAGGCUGAACUACAGAAACUGGUGGGCAGGAAGUCACAGCGCGACUGUGAAGGCUGGAACCUGGCAGUGGUGGCAGUCGCCGUGGCAGCCAUUGCUGUUCUGGUUGUCCCUAGUUUCACCAGGGCUUGAGGAGUACACAGGAAGCGACCUCACGGUGAACUGUAGGAUUGUGGGAUUGCCGUCAUCCAUCCAGUGCUGCCCUCAUACAUGUGACCAUCCUGAUGUCUGCUUGUUGCAUCUCCACAACACUUUGACCCAAACGCCACAGACGUCAGUGAGUGCUGGAGGGGAAAGCAAUAGGAAUUCACGACAUCGUCCAAUAUGACUCUUUACUCUUCCUGCAGGUCAGCUCUGUGCAGAUGGUCAAGCGGUUGAUUUAUUGAUUACUCACCAUCAGAGUUCAAGAGUUGAACAGAAUAUCUCAUUUUGUUGUAUCUUCCAGAAGUACCAGAAGUAGCUUGUCAUGAAGUUCGUGAAGAAAAUGGAUUAAGUUUCACUGUCGUGUUAGUGGGUGCUACGUAUAUUUAAAAAAAAAAGUCCCUACAUUCAGUGUUAAAAUGGAAAAUAUAAACUCAUGGGGUGAAAUGAUCUAAUUAACUUACUGAUAAAACAUGUUUACUUACUUUAAUAGUUUUGGUGUUUAUUCAUUAAAAUUAGAUUUGAUCAAACAGCAGUCCAAAACAAAAGGGUCAUUAAUUUAAAGACACCCCACUGAAAAAGUAGCAAACUAUUAAUUUAAAAAUGACUUGAGUUAUUAUAUUUUCCUUCAGCUUUAAAAUUCUUUGCCUUAUUUCUGUCCUGCUGAGUUUAAGGAGUACUUUGCACUUACUGAUACAGGAGAAAACAGUAGCAGAUAAAACUUGAUUGUUUAGUGUUUCAAAUACUUCCUUCCUUCUUCAUGUUGUACAUUAUCUGAUUAUGUAUUUGUCAGAAACUCAACGUUGAUUAACUUUAAUCAGCGUUAAGUUUCAGCAGGUCUGGUUUGUAGCAUGAAACACCGGGAAUAGCUUUAUUUUACCUUCCUCACUCCUUAUAAUCAGUUUACAUGUCUGGAUUUCUGUUUUUUAAAUGUGUAGUAUGACUAUAUAAAAGUAAAAUAGCACUUUAAAAAAAAGAUAUUUGCUAAAGCUCAUUUCUAAAGAGAGAUAAUUUCUGUGGACUGAUUACACUGUGUUUAGAUUCAGAUUGUGCCAGAGUUGUUAUCAUUUUGCACAGUUAGGUGUAGCAGAUGGUUUUUAUUGAUUUAUUUAUUGAUUUAUUUUUGAACACACUUGGAAUAAGGCUGGGGGAUUUUUUGUUGUUGAUUUUUAGCAUGUUGUAGAAAAUUUGAUUAAAAUCAAAACACAGAGCAAAUGCUGGUGUUACUUAACAUGCAACUUUCAGAUUUGCGUAUGCAGAUGACACUUUACUUUUAAGAAGAGCAGAGUUUGAUCAAAAUGUAAUGAACUGAAAACUAAUAAUGAUUAAACAGCAAAUUACGUUCUUACUAAAAAAGUCCAAAUUUUAUGUAUGCAGAUGAUACAUUAUUUUACUUCUAACAGUUGAGCACAAAGCAGCAAAAUGAGUUUCAUGAAAAUUUGAUCAAUUGAAAACUGAUAGCAGUUAAGCUCAUAUGCAGCUCUAAUCAAAUAAGUGGACGACAGCGCAUUUUCUUCAACUUCUUAUCACUUUUAAAAGUUAAAAUUAAACUUAUUGUCACGUUCUUAAAGAACAGCUAUUAAGAAAAGGUUGGGUGGGGGGAGCGAUAUCUAUUUACAAAUAAUAAUGGAAGAGGACCAGAAAUUAUGCCAUGUAGUGGAAAACCUUUCACUAAACUCAAAGUGACAAUGAUAAGGACACAAAGUUUUAUUUAGAUUCCAACAGUGAAUAUUUCAGGGUAUGUGGAACACCACGAGGUUUAUUUGUUUUUUUUAUUUUUUUCUUCUGUAGAAAAUAAAAACUGGGAUGGAUCUUGUCUGAAAGGGGCGUCAAAAAUUCACCAUUUAAUGUAAAACCCCAAAGAGAAGUCUAUAUCUGCAUUUUGGUUGAUCAGACCUCUCAGAUGCCUCAGAUCAUCCUUCUUUGUUACACGCAAGACUAAACACAUUUUUUUCUGUAAGCUUUUGAAUCUUUUUACUGUGGGAGAUACCCAAAUACAUAUCUUUUUGUUUUUGCACAUAGACACAUUUCAAACUUUAUGGUUCCUAAGUUACGUUUACAUUUAAAUGGAGACCAAAUAAUCCUAGAAAAUAAGAAUAAGCUGUUCAGAUGACUGUGAUCCUUUUCAGGGUGGAAUCAGGUACUUCUGUCAAACUUGAUUCAGUAAGAUAACAACUAGCUCAGACAUUCCAGUUUAUUUACAACAUAUGGCACUGCAAAUGAAGAGUGAACUGUGACACGUGUACGUGACUGAAGAUAUUAACAGCACUAAUUUGAUAAAGCAGGCCUUUAACAAACUGUGGGAAUUUAAAAUUAAUAAAGGCUUAUUAAAAUUAUUUAUUUAGUGUUGGAGAAACACGAUUAAAUCCGAAGUUUGAUCAGGCUGUUAUACUGCAUUGUUUAAAACAACUAGACGCAUGUGCUGUUAGGCGCUCCUAUAAGCAUUUUGCAUGACAAACACGUGUAGCCUUUAAAGACACUUGCUACAGGAAAGACAUAUUUUACACAUUUAACUGAUGUUGUGAAGUUUUCUUAGUAAUAUGUGUAGGCCAGCUCUCAGCAGAAAAAUAAUAAUAAUAUAUAUGAAAAGUUAGUCAUCAAAGCAAAGACUUAAUUGCCACACAACUUUCACGUGGUAACUUUUUUAAAUGCACUUAUUUACUAAAAUAAAAGGUAUGAAAGCCCAUUACUGCCAGAAAAGUGAAACCAGUUAGGAACAAAAAAAUAUUAUCUCAUUAAUGUCACCAGUUAAGUCAACAUUAAUGAGAUAAUAAGACAGAUGUUGAGUUGCACAUUAUUCAAUCAUUUUGAUCAGUGAGUUUCAACUAAUUUUAUGUGAUAUUUUAGAAUAUAAAAUACUAAUCAUUAUAACCUAUAUUUGACCUGCUAGUGUUUUAGGUAUUUCCUGGGCUUGAAUCUGGUUUUGUUGUGUAUCAGGGCUCUCGCUGUCUUUAGUGUUGUCUUUGUUGGUCUUGUGUUAAAAAUGUGUGUUAAAUGUAAUUUAUUCGAGACUUCCACAACCUCACCUGGCACUGAAUCAAUUCCUCCAGAAUGUUUUUAAAUCUGUGUUUUACUGUGAAUACAAACUCGAUCCUAUUUUUUUAUCAUUAUGUCAGUAAAAUUACAAAAAUCUUCCUAAAAGCUGCAUGCCGGUGUUCCUCUGUACCGUCUUGGUAUCUUUGUUUUUGAUCAGUGCUAUGUUCUGAUUUUUCUUCCACUCGAUUUCUUCUUUGUUCUGUUUUAAAGUGCAUAAUUUUCCUACAGCUUCUGUGAUAAUAGGUAUGUGAUAGUUCGUCAGAUGUUUGCAAAUUUAGCAUUAGGAAAAGUCUGGGGGUGGACUGAUUAUUGGUUUCCUGAUACAUUAAUAUACAGCAGCACAACUCAGACUGUUUGUCCAUUACGCAGAAAUCACAUCUGAAUUUAUAGAACAAUUUAAAAAACUUUCUUACAUCUAUUGUGUGAAUAUGGAUUUACUUUGGAAAUUUCUCAAACAUCUGAGCUUCCUGUUAGGCCACCAAAUCUCCUCUGAUGGUUCUCGUAUGUCUGUGUUGGAGUUAUCUUGACAAAAGUCACAAUAAUAUCAUCAAAAUACAAAAUGUGUCAGUUUAUCUGCUGGGUUUCUGCCACAGUAACUUGCACUUGAUGUCAAUUUCUGGAGGUCUGUGAUAUUUUUUAUGUACUUCUGAAAACAGAACAAGUACUUAUCUGAGCCUUUUGUUCUCUUUUCACAAAAUGAAAAUGUAAAAGUCAAAAGGCGUAUUUUGUUUUAUCAGUGAUAUCCUGAAUCCGUCCAUCCUUAGCACAGUCCUGACAAACGUUAGCUCUCAGUAGGUAUCUCCAUCCUGCAUGUUAGGUUUAGAGGAAUAGUGACUUUGCAUGAAAUUAGAAGAGUAGAUGUAGCCGCUGUAGCAGCUUCAGCCAAGCUGUAGCAUGAGCGCUAAAAUCCAAUUCUUCCAUUAGCCGAUGCAGACUGUGUUAUUAGCCAAUUGUUUUUAUGGUGGAUUUUAGUUUCAUCUGGGUUUAACCAAGCUGAGCAUGAACACUGGAACCAUGGGAGCACCUGAACAUCUACAUGAUGAUUUGAUGAUAAACAUGAUGAAGUUUAUGUGGCACACAGCUAAAGACAUCGCCGUCACUGAACUAGUUUAACUUAUAGAACUACAAACACUUAAACCCAACAUGUUUUCCUGCUGGUUUCUAACUGGUGUUGUGUCACGCAGCUGUGUUUAAUAGAAAUAGCAGUUUAAUAUUUUAAUAACCUAUCAGUAGCAGCUAGUUCAUUGAUAUUUAGCCUAAUUUAGUACAAGUCAGUGUAGCUGCUGAAAUACUAGCAUGUUUUACUAUUUUAGUUGUUAUUAACCACUGCCAGCAUUACGCUAGUUUCUUCUAGUACUGACAGGUAUUAUUGUAGUUUUUUGUAACUGGUGUUUAUAAAACUAGCUUAGCCUAGCUUAACAUAUGUUAGCCAGCAUAACUAAAGAUAGCAUGCUAAAUGUUUUUCCAUAUUUUGGUAGUUAUUUGGUAGUUAACAAUAGAUGUAUUCAACAUCAUGCUAGUUGGUAUAAAAAUGAAUGUUAUGGUUUGUUGUUUUGUUUUGUUGGGGGGGGGGGUAACAAGUGUGUAGAUGUUUAAACGUGAUUAGCCAAGCUCAACGUUGAUUAGGAUGUUAAACACAUAGGGGGGAAACUGCCAAUGAGAUAAAAAAAAUAAAAAAUACAGGAGAAACUGAUAGCUAUCAGUUUCCCCCUGAGUUCCAGCCGUUUUGCAAAGCUAGGUUCAUCCUGGAUAUGUACUUAGACAACGGUGAAACUGAACCAUCAGAAAAGAUUUUAAAAUGUCUGACUGUUUAAACUCCUCCGAUUUCACUGCUGAUUGUGCGUCAGGUGUUACUGUCAAAUAUCAGGUGUGCUGUAUGAACUCUGCUUUUACUUUGGUGUCCUGAAUCAGAGCCGCAAAAAAGCGGCACGUCACUGUCAUCUGGCUGCUGUUUCUCUUCUUUGUUUUUGAUCUCUGUUCUUGAUGUUUUUGCACCAUGCUAACAUCUGUCUGGGACUGUGUUUUAUGUUUGGUUUUGUAAAUGAUCUAAUACAAAUAAACA